AUCCUCCAUGCGUUAUUUCGUAUCACCUCCUCUCCGAGACUGCUAUAUCUUAACUUCGGAGUGCAGACAGUGGACCAUCCGAAUCGAACGAUUAUCAAACCCGAGGCUGAUUCUCGUUCAAUCAAUAUUCCCUCAUGGCUAGCACCGACGAUCGCCGCCAGGCGGCGGUGGAAGAGGGUGGCGGCGACACAACCAAAAUCGCCGAUCUUGCAGUCCGCUCCACCCGACAUGAAGCCCACACGUACUUGCCUGCGGUUCCGCUGACCGUAUUCGCGCCUAUGCUUGUAAUCGUCGCGCUGUUGGCGACGCUGAUUCCAACGUUCAAGUUCCUGAGCGAUGGCAGUACGGUAGCGGUCAACACGCUGAGCCACAACUAUUUGGAUACAUUGAUGGAUCAGGUGUCCGACAAAAUCUCUUUCGCAGUCAAACAAUACAUCCCCUUGGUGGAGGUUCUCACAGCAUCGCCGAGCGUCGUCAGCACCUUCGCCGGAACUGCACGCAAUUUGAACACUGCCCCAUGGGUGUCCGACAUUAUUCGAAUGGAACUGCUAUACGGCCUGGACACAAUAGGCUGCACGCAGGCCGUGUGGAGGUCAGGCUUCAGUCCGGCUAACGUAAACGGGAACAAUGUAACGACAGAUACGGCUCAAUUGGUGCAGAUGUCCGCCUACAGGGCAUAUGGAAUGGGUUACGUGGUAUACAAGAGCGACUGGGAUGACCCGACCGCAAACACGUCGCUAUACUUCAUUGAUAAAAAGGCGUAUACGAUUCCAAGUACUCCCGCUGCGUAUCAGCCAAUCGCACAGUUCUCGAUGGCGACGAAUCAACAAUUAGGCUUGCUGCCCGUCAGAAAUCGUACCUACUGGAACGCGUACGUUUCGAACUACAAUACAUUCCUAGCGUAUGUGACGACACCGCAUUUCCCGACCGCGACGAGUCAAUUACCGAACUAUCACUGCUCUGCGGGUAUACGGGUGGAUACCACUUGGCAUGACGUGCUUGCAGCCAAUAAGCCGAGUCCUGACAGCGUGAUUACACUCUUCAACCAAGCGCUGGUCAAUGUUGCCAGCAGCAACACUUUUCCAAAUGACACAGCGAUUCAGAGCAACAAUAAAUUUAUUCUUCCCGUCACCGAUGCCCUGACCUUGGCGCUUCAGGCGACUGUGCGUAGUAAGUUCGGGACGUUCGACGACGUUGCCAGUGUCAAGCCGACUAGAUACGAAGAUGUAGAGAUCAUCGGGUAUCCAGGGUCUUGGAUACUACUCACAAAGCGGAUAUCAGUCAGUACAUUCCCAGAUCAGGACAAUGUGCUCGUGCUAGCCAUUCCACGAGAAGUUGUGUACGGCGCUACGGACGCAGCCUGGAAGAAAGCUAUUCGUGUUUCUAUCGGGGUCGCUGUAGCUUUAGCCGUUGUAUCGGCAAUUGUUUUCGUUUUCGCGGUGUUACCGCUGUUCAAACUUGCGCGGGCAAUGGCGGUGGUUACGACCUUGGAUUUCAGCACAUUGGAAGAGUCGAAUGUUUUGGAUGAGCGCAGUGUGUUCUCGGAGAUCCGACGAGUUCAAAUUGUGUUCUCAACGAUGGUCAAAGCUUUUGCGGGCGCCAUAAAGAAGAAUAAAGAAAUGUCGGCCGGACCUCGGCACCGAUCCAUUAGCAAGCACCAGACCAGCAGUCACUGAGAGGUUGCUGAUGCUCUUCGUCCCUGCAUCCUAAGGCUUAUCACGGUUCGCCUAAUGAAUGUCGUUCAUUGUGCUACAUUUUUCCAGUUCUAUGUUCUAAGUUUCUAAGUUGACUCGAGUUUUCUGCUGUGUGUCUUUGUCAAUGAAAUACAAGUGGCUGCCGACUGUGGAGUCACGAGCCUGAACAAAAAUAAAACAGAGAAG